UCCUUCUUCAAGAUUACCAUUUCCUCACUAUUUGCCACCCGUUAGACAUCAUGCGUAAAGAAAAGUGAAAAGUACAUACCUUUUUAUAGUUUUCUGUAUAAAUCGUGUACAGAUUUCAAAAAUCUAGUUCACAAAAUUGUUUCCCGUUGCUCAUUCUGUGUAGUGCUCGAAAAAAACACGUAAACUUAAGUGGAAAACUCCCUUUUCGAUUGCCAGGAAAAUUUUCACAUUCCGAACCCCACAAGCAGGGAGUCGAUAUACCUGCUCUAGACGGGGUUCGCAUAAGAAGAAAAAAGAAAAGGUCGUGAAGACGGACGUGUUGAAACUUGAAACCAGGCCUAGUAGUUGGAACGUCUUGAAGAAAAUAGGAAAAGGAGUGAUUCUUGAAUAUUAUUGCAUUCUUUUUUGUGUUGCGAUUUUACGGGUGUUAGCAUCUGCUUCGGUUUGAAAUUUUUCGCCAGAGCAGAGGAAAAGCGAAUGCAAACAUUGGAUGAAAAGCUGGUGAAUAAUAUUUGUGACUGAAGAUAAACUUUGGAAUUAAUCAGUCCUCUAGAUAGAGUAAGAGAAAAAGAGGUGAAUUAAUAUUUCACAAUGGAAGAAUCUUUGCUGAAGGAUUUGGAGACGGCUGCUCAUAUUAUAAUGGCUCCGCCGACGGUAGUCUCCAGAGAGCAGCGCCAGCAGUCCGAAGCCAUAUUCAUGAACUUUCGCAGAACGAAGUCCCCGUACGUCCUGUGCCAGACAAUCUUGGAAAAAUCCGUCGUAGAUCUAGUGCUUUUCGAGGCAGCAGACGUCCUCAAGAAAGCCGUAGUCGCCGAAUGGAUGUCCAUUCCAGAUCGGGACAAGGCGUCACUUCGGCAAUAUUUGCUGAACUACAUCAUCCAGCGGGACAUUCCAGUAUUCAUAAGGGACAAACUGCUCCAGGUGGUAGCGAUCAUGAUCAAACGAGCGAGCCUGGAAGAUUUGGGAGUGGAACGGGGUCAAAUAAUAGAGGAAACAAAAAAGAUGCUGACUUCUGGUGAUAUCAAACAACAGAUUCUGAGUUGCAGUAUUACGCUGGCCAUUUUGGAGGAGUAUUGCAACAUCGUGCGCUCGGAUGAUACCGGUCUAACGACGCAUGAACACUUCCGAGCGAAGAAACAAUUCGAAGUCUCGGACCUGCUGAAGGUCUUUGUCAUGACGUUGCAAGCCAUGGAGCAACUCAUCAAAGUUUUCGAUGCCAGUCACUCUAUGCAUUUGUAUCUUUUCAAGCAAAUGCUUUCCGUUAUGGAAACAAUCCUGGCAUGGGGUUUUUUGCUGCCUAAGCUACAAAUUGUACGCUUCCUGCAACCGUCCUUGUCGAAGAAAAUUAUUGACACAUCGGAAACUGUUACGAAAGCACUGCAUGCACCCCCUCUGAGGCUACAUGCCCAGUGGAAGAAUGUGGUUUUCGAACCAAAAUUGUUGGAGAUAUUUUUCUACAUCUACUGGAAGAUUCGUGAUAAUGAAGACCUACAACCGAAAGCACUAAUUUGUAUCCUCCAGCUGUCCACCUUGAAAGGGCCAAUCAUAACAGAUAACAAAGAAGAAAGUAUAACCUAUUUGACGAACUAUCUGACUCAUUUUCUUUCGAUGUUGAAUACCAUUGAAAUCAAAGAGAAAGAGGCAUACAGUUUUUCCCUGAUUCUACGUAAGUUGCUGCAGCUGCUUCCCCGUGCACAGAUCAAAGAUCUUCCGAAUUCUCUCUGCGAUGCGUUUAUGCAGCAAACUCUCGCUAUGACUUUAAAGUUCAUCGAGUUGGCCGCAAUGGAGGAGGCUAUGACUCCCGAUGAAACAGUUUACAUUGAUGCGCUAGGAAAUUUACUGGAAAUUUGGCUGUACGUGUUGAAUGAUAAGGAGAACUAUCCGGCGGAAGUUAUGGUACCGUUUAUUACGCAAAUGUUUGAAAAAUAUAUUCAGUACCAUUUGGCGGCUCCGGAUGGAAUGCGCGGUGUCGGUCGGGAUUACGAAUCGAUAGAUGAGAUUGCAGAUUUUGAGGAAUCUGAUCGGGAGCGUUUUAAGGAGCAAUUGAUAAUAAUCGGUUACUUUGGGCGAGAGAUUCUGACACAUUCGCUGUCGCUGCUGUCCAAACUGUUGGAAGAUCGUACGAGAAACUUGGGAACGCAGCUGCACUUGUUGCAUUCGACAAAGACAAUGAGCGCCUCCAGUUCCAAGACUAUGGUAAACUUAUUCGAAGACAUACAUUGGAUUUUGUUGGUCACUGGUCAUGUGUUGGCACUGGAAGCGGACGGUGAAUCAGCAAUGAUUCCAGGCGAAAUUCUGCAGCUAUGCACGCAACAAAUUGCUAACGGUGUGACGGACGUUACUAAUAGUUUGAAGUUGCUGGCAUCGCCUAGCCAGGACAUCCAGGAGAUUCCAAAUGCGGUGAUAAAUGCGGAUCCGGUGAUUCGGCUGAUCGCAGCCGGCUUUCGGUUGUGUGAGUUGGAAAAGAGUGCCAUUGAGGUUCGCAUGUAUCAGUUUCUCAGUCCCGAACUGAGUUCCACCUUGGUUUGGUUCCUACGGAGAUGGUCCGAUGCGUAUCUAAUGCCGGUUAAUGAAGAGUACGUGAGUACAAUAUUUCGGCAAGCAUUCGGAACGGGAACGCCGGGUUCAGUGUGGGUUAUAAAUUAUCUGCUGAACAAGAUCUGCUUGAACGCACAGUUCCUCCGAGCCGAGCAGUCCGUCGUCGAGGAAACUUGCGAGCUGUUCCUGGUGCUGCUGAAGCGAAAGGAUCGCUGCAGGGCUAUCUUCAAUUCGGAAUUUUUCCGUUCGAUCUGUGAUUUGAAAAGCGUCGAUCUUCCAGCGACGGCUAAACGUAAAUUACUGAAGGGUUUUGUGAUGGUUGCCUCCAGCGUCGAGAGUGAAGCGAUGCGGGCCGAGUACCUGGGAAAGAUUCUGGCGCCGAUCGAGGAGAAGUACAAAAUGUUGAUCUCACACCAAAAUUUUCAAUCCGUUUAUCAGGAAGAGCAUGUCAAGCUGAAGGUCAUCGAAAUACUGGAGGAGUUAAUUGGUUGCGUACAGGGAGCUUACCAAAAUUCGUUGACGAUCAUUUUCACUAAGAUUCAAUGCAUAUGCAAGGAGUUGCCGAUUUUUCUCGAUCUGUAUCAUAAUUAUGCGGUAAUCGUUGAACUCAUCCUGGAGCUAGUUUGCGAAAUUGUGUCCGUCAUUGGGAACGUUACAUCGGAACAGGUGAUACGAACAGCUGUGCAUGAUUGCUGCUUCUCGGUGAUCCGAAUUUACGUCAAAAACAAUUCCAAUCGAGUCUCACUCGGUGCGGCGAACACCGACAGUGAUCCGGUAGAUCUGAUACUGAUCCUGAAGCUGCUCAACUAUCUAACAUCGAAACCGCUUUUCACGGACGAUUUACUUCUCACCGGAAGCGAUGAGAGCAACGCACAGUCGUCGGAAAUUUGCAUUUUUGGUCUGACGCAUAUUGUACCGUUGAUCACGAUCGAUCUGAUCAAAUAUCCGGAUCUUUGCCUACAGUACUACAGCACAAUCACGUCUUUUAUCGAAGAAAAAUAUAGUAUAAUUCCCAAUCUGCAUCCGGAUCUGCUGAAACAGCUGCUCGGUUCCAUCGAACUUGGGCUCAGUUCCUUCACGUCCGAAAUCGAGAGCAAAUGUUUAGAGUUCCUAGAAAUGUACGCAAACAAUGUGUACUUCAAUCAGGACCCACAGGCGCCGAUGGCACAGCUGCUGCGUCCAUUCCUUAAACUGUCGCUGGAUAUGAUUCUAGGUCAGAAGAUCGAUCUGAACAACACCAUGGACUGGUACCGUAUGUUGUUUGUCGUGAUUUGCUGUUUCCCGGAUCACUUCAAGGAAUUGCUCAACAAUUUUCUGAGCGAGCUGCUUGACCCGGAGCAUGUCAUCACCAGCGACGUGGUGCUUUCCAUUACUAGCCUACUGAAUGAUAUGGAGUAUGUCAACAAUCGGAUGACCAAGUCCAAAUUUGUUGAGCGGUUCGACCGGUUUGUGGCGAAUUUUAGUAGCAUGUAUAAAAAGUAAGCGCGAUGUAUUUUUUACGUUAGUUUCGAAUCGGAUCGGUAAGUUUCAUUUAGUUUGUUUAGAAUUUAUGUUUGUUUCUGUUACAUAGUUAUUAUUUUGUACGACUGCACACGUUUUAGAAAUUGUGCUGAGAGAGUGAUUGGAAGAAUCGUGUUGCGGAAAUGUGAAGCUUAUAACAGGUUUUUUGGGGAUACUGAACUCCCGUGAUUCGCACAACAAUCCCAUCUACGGAGGAAUUCCUUAGUAACGUGGGCUGUUAUGCUUAUCAAUGCAAAGAAUUACGGUUCAGUCAAAUAUUGGACGGCCUUGGACAGUACUUAAAAUAAGAAACGCGAAGAUCGAAUUGAGGAUAACAAGUACGCAAAAAAACCGACAACUAAAAUGCUAGAAAACAAGAUUGAAUUGGAUAUUUGAAAUUCAACCUUACGCAUAUGGUUCCAUUUUGAUGACCUGCUUCUAUUUCUCAGAUUCUUAGUACGUUGCUGUGUUAGAUAUGAGUUGUUAGUAUCAUAUCCGAGGUUGUGAGCUGCAUCUCACGUUAUGAGAAAAUGGAUCAUAUAACUUGGCGAACAACACAAUUCAAUAACUUUCAUUAGGUAGUAUAUAAUAUUUAAGAAAGAAAGAUACGUUGUACUUUCAAUUCGAUUUAAAAAUUGAUUAUUGAUGAAAUAUUUUUUAACGUCGUUGAUAGUUUUUAUUAUAAGAAUUUAAAAUUUGAUGUUCCAGAUGUAAUAAAUGCUUUUCGAACAGCACAAACUGGAGCACCUUAUCGUGAAAUUCAAAUAAGGGAGGUAAAUUACCAUCACUUCAAAUGAACAACGUUUUGAUCAAUUACAAGGUUCAACUAUUUCGUUGACUAAAAUGGUCGCAAAGGGAAAAAGAAAUAGGACUUUUUCAAUUGAAUGUGGUUAGACCACAAACUACAUUCACGUUCUUUAGUUUCUAUUUCAAAUUAAUUCUUAAAUCGCUGAUAAUAUUUUGCGUAAUUUUAUGACUUCCUCUAUUGCUGCUUUUACAAUACAUAUUUACAACACGAGGUCGGAAACUAUUUUUUAUAAUUAUAUUGAACAGCGAAUCUUGAGUAUGACGAGCGACAGAAAUGCAAACACCAAAUUAUGAUGAUGCGAUUCUACAAAAUCACAAAUAUUUAUAACACUGAUGUGUACUUUUUAGAAAAAAUGUAUUUUUGGUGUAUUAGUAGUGA